AUGGCGGUGUCUUGUGACACAAAAGCUCAGGCUAAUGCUCUUGGUAUAUCAACUGCGCGAGCAAGGAACUCUAAUAAAGAGCAAAGCGUGUCUGCAGCUGGCCCAAGUAGCCAAAGCUGGGCUUCUCAGGUGCCUGCUGAUGCCCUGAAAGAUACCCAAAAAGGUGACAACGAGGUUGAGUCACUGGAAGAGGCGAAGGUGAAGCUGAAGAAAAAGAUGGCAGCGGUGCUAGCCGAAAUAAAGCAACGGGUACGCCAACAGGCUUAG